AUGCUGACCCGCCUGUUCAGCGAGCCCGGCCUCCUCUCCGAUGUGCCCAAGUUCGCCAGCUGGGGCGACGGCGACGACGACGAGCCGAGGAGCGACAAGGGCGACGCGCCGCAGCCUCAGCCACCGCCGGCGCCCGGGCCGGGGGCUCCGGGGCCCGCUCGGGCCGCCAAGCCAGUUACCCUCCGUGGAGAAGAGGUACCGGAGGCCACGUUGGCCGAGGUCAAGGAGGAAGGCGAAUUGGGGGGCGAAGAGGAGGAGGAAGAGGAGGAGGAAGAAGGGCUGGACGAGGCGGAAGGCGAGCGGCCCAAGAAACGCGGGCCCAAGAAACGCAAGAUGACCAAGGCGCGCCUGGAGCGCUCCAAGCUGCGGCGGCAGAAGGCGAACGCGCGCGAGCGCAACCGCAUGCACGACCUGAACGCCGCGCUGGACAACCUGCGCAAGGUGGUGCCCUGCUACUCCAAGACGCAGAAGCUGUCCAAGAUCGAGACGCUGCGCCUAGCCAAGAACUACAUCUGGGCGCUCUCGGAGAUCCUGCGCUCCGGAAAGCGGCCCGAUCUGGUGUCCUACGUGCAGACUCUGUGCAAGGGUCUGUCCCAGCCCACGACCAAUCUGGUGGCCGGCUGCCUGCAGCUCAACUCGCGCAACUUCCUCACCGAGCAGGGCGCCGACGGCGCGGGCCGCUUCCACGGCUCCGGCGGCCCGUUCGCCAUGCACCCCUACCCGUACCCGUGCUCGCGCCUGGCCGGCGCACAGUGCCAGGCAGCCGGCGGCUUGGGCGGCGGCGCGGCGCACGCCCUGCGGACCCACGGUUACUGCGCCGCCUACGAGACGCUGUACGCGGCGGCGGGCGGCGGCGGCGCGAGCCCGGACUACAACAGCUCCGAGUACGAGGGCCCGCUCAGCCCCCCGCUCUGUCUCAAUGGCAACUUCUCCCUCAAGCAGGACUCAUCGCCCGACCACGAGAAGAGCUACCAUUACUCUAUGCACUACUCGGCGCUGCCCGGGUCGCGGCCCACCGGCCACGGGCUGGUCUUCGGCUCGUCGGCUGUGCGAGGGGGCGUCCAUUCGGAGAAUCUCUUGUCUUACGAUAUGCACCUUCACCACGACCGGGGCCCCAUGUACGAGGAGCUCAAUGCGUUUUUCCAUAACUGA